AUGCUUCAGCUCAACCCUCACGCAUCUGACGGGCAAGUAGUGGUUCCGACUCCCAAACCGCACGUCUCCACUUCCCUCGAAAGCCCGUUGACGCCAACUUCUCGGUCACUCAAAGAAGCAAUUCUGGACGGGUCCGAAAUCGCCAGCAGCGUGACCGUGCCGAGCUCCAUCGGCGACGUCUCGUCCAACGACCAUUCAGGAAACACACAAAAGCCAAAGGAGACCGAGCUGGACAAAGAGACCAUGAAACCAGAAACAGAAGCGCAACCAACUUCGGACGGCGAGCUGACUCCGCAAGUGCAGCCCGAGCAACAUCAAGUGCUGCUGCCUUCUCCACGGAAUGCGGCUGCUGCUGCCGUAGCGGCCCACGACUCGCCUGUUGAGAACGACUUCUUUUCCAACAAAGGCUUAUCUGCCGACAAACCUUGGCACGAGUCAUCUGGGCACGGCGACAAGGACGUAUCCAUGCCGAUUCGCGCCGUGUCUUCUCUUGAAGGGCUCAGAAGGCACACGUCGCCCAACCCGAUCACAAUGGGCAGAAAGUCUGCCGAUUUGACCUAUCGUAAGAAAUCCAUCGAUACAGGCGAUCAUCCUCUUGCUCAUUCUCGCUCACACAGAUCGAGGAGCCACGAUCGAGCACUUUCCAGCAUCGAGCUUCACAAUCUACGCCAGCACUCUCACAGCUCGGCCAGUGCAGAAAUCAAUCGCAUGCGUAACUCUAUCUUAGUGAAGAGAAACAUCCAAAAAAGACGCCGAGACUACAUGAAGGAGGACCAAGUUUAUGUGGGCAACAAAAUCACCGAGGGCCACCAGAACUUUGUCAUGGCAUAUAACAUGUUGACUGGCAUCAGGGUGGCUGUAUCCAGAUGUUCUGGUGUCAUGAAAAAAUUGAACGACAGCGACUUUAGCGCUACAAAAAAACUCACAUUCAGCAUGGAUGGCAGCGAAUUAACUCCAUCAUCCAAAUACGACUUCAAGUUCAAAGAUUACUCGCCUGAAGUGUUUAGAGAGUUACGGUCUUUGUUUGGCAUUGAUCCCGCAGACUACUUGAUUUCAAUCACAGGGAAAUACAUUCUCUCCGAACUAGGAUCUCCUGGAAAAAGUGGAUCUUUUUUCUAUUACUCGAGAGAUUUCAGAUUCAUCAUCAAAACUAUUCAUCACUCAGAACAUAAGCAGUUGAGAAGAAUGUUGAAAGACUACUAUCAGCAUGUGAAAGAUAACCCAAACACAUUGAUCAGCCAGUUUUACGGCUUGCAUAGGUUGAAAGUUCAUGGAGGCAUGAAGAAAGUGCAUUUUAUUGUCAUGAAUAAUUUAUUUCCUCCGCAUAGAGAUAUCCACCUCAAGUACGACUUGAAAGGAUCUACCUGGGGAAGAUCUACAACCAUUCCCAAAGGAACAACCGAUUUCUCUCAAAUGACACUCAAGGAUUUGAAUUGGCUUGACAGACACGAUACUAUCAAGUUCGGUCCUGAGAAACGGAAAAUGUUCUUGGAACAGCUUGAGGCAGACGUGGGUCUCUUGAAAAAAACCAACGUCAUGGAUUAUUCUUUAUUGCUCGGGAUUCAUGAUGUGAAAAAGGGGAAUACUGAGACGAAACAAAAGUUGUCUGUAUUCGAUCCCAAAUCCAAUAUGAAGGCCGAGGUGAUCAAAACAAACCCGAGACAUAUCGAUCGGGGAGUAGAUCUCCCCACUGAUGUGUUCCCCGGCCGCUCGAAAUAUAUAUUUUAUGGUCAUAACGGAGGCAUUCGGGCUACGAACGAAAAUAACGAUCCUUUGCCGGAAAUCUACUAUUUGGGCAUCAUUGAUUGCUUGACAAAUUAUUCGACAAAGAAGCGGCUCGAGACCUUCUGGAGGUCGUUGAGCCAUCCUCGCAGCACCAUCUCAGCUGUGCCAGCGCGAGAAUACGGUGAUCGGUUUAUUCAGUUCAUGAAGAAUGGCAUAUCCAUCGAAAAGGCCAAAACAGCUUAG